GAUGGAAACCUGAAUCCGCCCCUUUAAGGUGUGGCUCAGAGCGAAGGUAGAUUCCCAGAACUCGGCAGCACAGCAACAAGUUCUUCAGCAGAGUCAGGCAGAGGUUUUGGUCAGAACCGGAAUGGCUAACUCGGGUCUGCAGAUCCUGGGCUUCGCCCUGGCUUUUUUCGGAUGGAUCGGAAUCAUCACUAGCACCGCUCUACCCCAGUGGAAAACCUCGUCUUACGCGGGCGACAACAUUGUGACAGCGCAGGCCAUCUAUGAGGGUCUCUGGAUGUCCUGUGUGUCCCAGAGUACCGGCCAGGUCCAGUGUAAAGUCUACGAUUCGCUGCUGAAAUUGCACAGUACGAUACAGGCUACUCGCGCACUAAUGAUAAUUGGAAUCCUCUUGGGAACCCUAGGGAUCCUGAUCGCUGCAAUGGGAAUGAAAUGCACUACAUGUUUUGCUGAUGAUAAAAAGAGGAAGGGACAAGUGGCUACUGUUGGGGGAAUCAUGUUCAUUAUCUCAGGUCUUGCAACAUUGGUUGCUACAGCCUGGUAUGGGAACAACAUUACCAGAGAGUUCUACAACCCCUUAACACCAACCAACAACAGGUUUGAGUUUGGCCAAGCUCUGUUCAUAGGAUGGGCUGCUGCUACCCUCUGUCUACUCGGUGGAGCCUUUCUGUGCUGCUCGUGCUCCAAAGGUACCGGGGGAUCCUACUCAAAGCAAGCCUACCCACGAGCACAAGGUGCUCCUUCUACUGCAAGGAACUACGUGUGAGGCCAGUGGAACUACUGAGAGGAUCACACUCAAACUAUUCACUUGCUUUGUGACCCUUUAAGUGAGGGAUACAUAGUAUUAAUCUUCAUGACAUUUCCUAAAAGACGAGUAGGAAAUUAAUUAAUUUCUUACAUUUACUUGCUUACAUUUCAAUUUUAUUUCAUCUUAAAUAAACCAAUUGUCAGUUUA